GGUCUUAUCUUCCGCCUCCUCCCGUUGCUCUUAGGACCCGGCUUUCUUAUUGGGUCCGCCUGCAUUUUGCUCGCGCUGCUUCCCAGAGUCUGCCAGCAGCGCCUUCAACCGCAGACUGAAUGAAUCCCCCAUUGUGCCAUGGACCGUUUCGGCCUGCUUUGGAGGUGCGAAACAGCUCGGUCAUGCGUUAUCCAUAUUCAGCAGCCUCCAGUUCCUCAACUUCAUCAACAUCAUCAGAAACCUCGGCAGAUCCCAGCUCGCCCAUAAGAGCCGUGUCGCCAUUCGACUCGCACGACCCCCUUCGCCUUAGCCCGAUCUCUCCUAUCAAGCCACAACUUCACUCCUCCCGAUCUCCUGCGCCCUUCCACGAUACCGGCUCCAGUCGGCUCAAACGUCGAGCCUCGCAAGGAUCAAUCCUCACCAAGCCUUCGCCUGUCUCCCGUUUCCUUUCGCGCAGCAACGCGUCUCUUCACCUCCCAUCGUUCGAAGAACUGGGUCUCUCUUCCAAAUUCUCCCGCUCCGACUCUCAGUCCUCCCCUUCGCAAUCCCGUCUUCGUCUUUCCACUGGUCCGACUGCCUCCUCUAGUUCGCUGGCGACUCGAGCAGCGCAGUCUUCCUCUACUGGGUGGGAUUCGUCGGCCAAAAGUGACUACCUCUCUGCUCUGCCACCUACUCCCCCUGAUGACAACGAUCAUAUCGCUUGGAAUCCCACCUCCGAUAUGUUGCUCUUUGAGUCGCAUGUGACCCGAGAUCAUGGUCCCACCAUGGUCAUGGACGAGGGUCCCAACAUCGGCAAUUCUCCAGCUCGGACUGACGGCCUAAGUAGCCCCUCCGACCAGCUGUCCAACGUGUCACCGUCGAGCUCCGGUGGCAGCCCAGGGUCUUCAGGCGAGAUGGACUGUGAUCAUAGCUCGUGGCUUGAGAACAGUAUUGAAGCCACAGUUUCAUCACUUUCGCUCGCCAACUCCCGCGGUGAGGCCGUCAAGAUCGUCUCACAUAUGCUUCCUUACCCGCGUCCUGGUGACAAGGCCGCGACAAUAUCACCCAACGAUAGUGUCUAUUGCUCCCUGGUGCAGGCAGUUCAGAAUCGACUUCGCCAUGGACAGUCGCCCUAUAUCAACGUCACCCAUGCAGUCCCCGAACAAUUCAGCCUUUCCAACCUACCAUCCUCGCCUUCGCAUAGCCCUCGAUCCCUUUUUUCCAAUGACGACUACUUCAAUUCGACCGUCUUCUCCAGUGCUGCGGUAGUAUCGGCUUAUCACGACUUCCGCGGCCCUAUUCAAUCCAGAUCCUCCUCGCACUCACCCAUGCCUGUCGUUCCACCCAUGACGGUUCAUCUCUCGAUUUUGGAGCGCUACCUCCCUCCCUCCUCCGCCCAGGAAUACAAGGAUCUUUUCUCGCCAUAUCGCCCCUCGUUCUUGGUCGACCGACUAUUUGAGCUUUCUCCUGAUGGGGGGUCAUUGCUCUUCGUCUACCCGACUCGCAGGGGUGGAUCCACCUUCAAGUCGCAGUAUCUGGGUCCUAUUUUAGAUCCACUGCUUCGUCAAUUGGUGGUUGUGAACGAGCUUUCCACAGAUAUCGGCCGCUACCUGGGCAAGCUCUCUUCUGUUUCUCACUUGGACGACUUUGACACGAUGCGGGAACACCUUGCCCAGCUCUGUGGCUCUUUGAGCUCCUCCUCUUCGCAAUUCAGUGUCGUGGACGCGCGCAAAGGGAGCGCUCAUCUUGAUCGGGAACUCUGGACGGAAUGGUUCAUUCACCAGGAGAAAGCCCGCAUGAAGGAGGUGCUGAGCGUGUACUGGCAGAAUGGGCGCCGCCUGCCAGCCACCAAGGCUGUCUCCAAUGUGUCUUCUACGAACUACAUCUUGGAGGACAAGGAGGUAACAUCAGCCAUGCUCCUGGGUGAGAUCUUGGAUGGAAUCCGACGACGGCCCUACGGGGAGGAUUCCGAGCCUCACGACGGGGUUGAGCUGGGCGUGUUCGUCAUCCGCCGAUCCCACUCCUAAGCGGGCUCGGCCGGAGUGGAGCGAGCUGCACACUCACCCCCUUGCGUCUCACUCUCGUUCCACUCACACGAUUCUUGUUCUUUGAAUAUCUUUUUCUGAAUUUGCAAUUUGCUUUCCGGCUGGGUAUAUGAUCGUACAAUAAACAGGGGAUUUGGCGGGUCCGGCGGCGUCGUGCGGAGUUGGAUGAACAUUGGGUCUCAGUUUGCAUGUUUUGGAGGUCAAUCUAGGAAGCAUUGGCUGUUUGCAUUCUUUAUCCGUUGGAACAGAAUACCCAGGAUAUCUUGUGCUUGUGUUAUGAUGGAAGCGUGAUGACCACUAGCUUGUGUCGAUGAUGACGAUGAUGAUUAUUACUACUAUAUUAGCCGAUGGGAUCGCAGGAUUCCGAAUAUCAAAACAAA